AUGUCUCGAAUGUUGUUGCGGUUCUACCAAGUUCGCAUCGGUUUACGAGUCUCGCCGAAAGUACCGGUGCAGAUUGAAGCUACUGUAUCGAGCGGCAAUGGAGCGGCGAGGACGGGGAGGCCGGCAGCUGCCGCCUCUCUCAUUGGAGGCCUGGCUGCCUCUAGAACCUUCCAGAUUAUGUACAGAAAUGAAGAGAUCACUUUGCGGGACAUUGUACACUUCAGAGCGCAUUUGCUAGUUGACAGUCGCAAUCUGAAGGAGUCUCUAGAGAGAGCAGAAUGGAGCCUCGGAGUGGAGUUGUGGUGCAGCGAAGGUGUCCAGUCCAGCACUUUAGCACCAGUCUCCUGCCGCGUGCUGAAACUCCACUUCCAACCUUCGAACGGCUUGCAUUAUCAUUUACCUGUGCUGUUCGACUAUUUCCACCUGUCAGCUAUCUCUAUCACCAUCCAUGCAAGCCUGGUCGCGUUGCAUCAACCUUAUAUAAAGAAAAGCAUCAUGCAUUAUGUUCAAAGUUGUACGCCACGCUCCAGCAAACAAUGGGGUAAACUGAUGAAAAACGCAGGAGCAAGCUUCAACGCUUCUGGAAGCUUUGAAAACAUUCUUUUCGGUUCUGGUGGGAAAUGUGCUGGUGGGAAUUCGAGCAAAAUUGCACAUGCCAGACAAGUGCAUGCCGAAGUUUGUGGCAUACUUCUUGGAUCAUUAGAAGGCUUGCAGAGUGCGUUAGCUGUGUGUGGUUCCACCGGAGUAACGUUAACUCCUGAUGAAUCAUCUAACUCCAUUGUCGACGAAGUCGCUCAAAGAAUGACAGAUAACGGCGAUCUUUGUAAGAAAUCAGAUGCUGGACAAGAAGAAGAAUGGGCGACGGGGGCAGCACAUGACAUAGCGAGGUUAUGUGCUGAGGUAACGCUUAGAUGGCGUGCAUUCUUACACCAUACCUCCGAUAGACCACACGUGCAUCAUGCGCUAGCUGCUAGACAUCACGCUCUUCGUAUCAAGCGAUUCGCCGAGUGCUUCUUUGUGCUAGACAAUCCGCGGCACUCACUAGCAGGUUGCUACGAUAGUAAUUAUCAGUCAUAUCAAAGUGUAGGCGAUAUGGCGCGAAGAUCCCGAUAUCUAGCCCUGCUUCCACCUUUGCCUGUACAUUGCAUAGCAUUAGAUGGCGACCCACAUAUAAUGCCCAUAAUUUUUGAAGACCGAUAUCAAGACACAGCAGAAUUUGCUAGACGGCGAUCUUUCUUGAACUCUAGUGCAAGUAAAUCAGGCAGUGAUCCAUUUUUAUGCUCCGAAUCGGUGGGAGAAGAUUGUGCCUGCAGCGUUAGCUCCAUGAUGGAUUCAAGGAGGCCUUCAUCUGAAGCGUCAAGAGUGACGUUGACACUACCGAAAAAUAUGGAUGUGUUAGAACCACAAUAUACUACUGGGAAGGCAUCUUCCAACGUCGUACAAGCAACGCUAACUUUGGCUCCUCAAAAAUCUGCACGUGGUUCACCCAAAAGAACUGUAGUAAAACAAAGCGUAGUAGAACCUACAAAACCCCACAAUAAAAAUCUAGAAAUAACAGGGCGAAACCGAUACAUAGUUCAAAAUAAUAAAAUCACUGAAAUUCAAUUGCCACCAAAUAAUGCUUUUUCUUCUUGCUCGAUCCAACAAGGGCAACAAUUAUCAAGAUAUUCCGCUUCAACUCUAUUAGACAUUACUGGUGCAAAAAACGCAAAUACGCGUGUGGGCAAAGAUAAAUCAGAUCGGAAUGAAGUGCUCGGUCAAAAGCACGAAAUAACAAGUGGAGUUAGCACUUUGCCUGCGAGACACAGUAAAUCGUUGGAUCAACUACGAAUAUCACAAAAUAUGACUCCACUAAGCGUUCAGACAUUGACUAAGAAUGUUAGAAAUAACUCGAAUGCAUCAGUCAAUUAUCCUAAGACGUACGCAAUCCCGCAGCAACCAAAACCAACCACACUUCCUAGAAGUGUAACUACUACUUCAUAUCCUACUAGUACAACCACAAGAUGUGCUUCUAAAGGUGACGACUAUAGAAGAAAUAUUAGUGAAUUCCGAGAAAAAUACAAAAACCCAUGUACGCUCAACAACCAUGGCGGCAACAACGAUGUAUUUCAUAGCGUAGAAUAUAAUUAUAAUGGAGCGAUCAAGUCGAAUUCAAACCAAAUUUACGGUUAUGCUUUCGGUAAUCAGGGUACAAUGCAAGUUAGUAAUAGUAUUCGUAAUCCGCUAGAAUUUCAAAGAGGCUAUUCUGUAAAUUUACCCCGUCCUAUGUUGCCUCCGCGUAGUUCUUUUCCACCGCUAAGUGGUAAAAUUCAAGUGACUGAUCAAAGUAACUUAGUAUCAAGUAAGCAUGUUCAUAGAUCUAAUUCUACGCAUGUGUUUCAGCAAAAUGUAGACACUCAACAUAUAGAUAUUGAAGCAGCACGAAAUCAACUAAGACACGAACUCAAUUACUAUUUACAAAAAGGUGAUUGGAGCUAUGAUUUUACCACGGGAAGUCUUAUUCACAACUAUCAUAAAAAAUCUAGUAAAAGCAGUGACGAUAGUGGGUUUGUGAUGACUUUAGAUAGAAGUAGUGAUGGUACAUCCAAAUCAACAUAUUCAAAAACUCCACCAUCAACUCCACAUUCAACUAUGGCCUCGGUCAGACAAAAAAGAAGUCGCUCAAAGGAAUCGAAACCAAAUCAGGCAGGCAAAGAAACUACAAAAAUAAACUCUAGUCGUGAUUCGUUAAGCAGUCACCAUUCUAUAAGAUCAAGAGAUAGUAAAUCAGAUCGCCAUACAUCUAAAUCAGAUCGAAGCACUCCGAAGUCCGAUAGAGCUACUCCAAAAUCAGGUAAAGCAACACCUAAGUCUGGUGGAAUUACUCCGCGGUCUGGUUUAGCAACGCCCAAAUCAGGCAGGGCUACUCCGAAGUCUGGUUUAGCAACACCAAGGAGUGGAAGGUCAAGUGGAAAACCUGAUAAACGCUCCAAACAUAAACCUUCAGAGAAAAUGAGUCAACUUAUGUCGGAAGCUGCAUCUUCGUCGAGUGACGAGAGUAUACCAUUUGAAUUAAGACGUUUAGAAUCCUCAGCCAGCGUUCCCUACAGCCUAGAUCAUGGCAAUGAAUUAAGACAUUGUAGAAGUGCAGCAUCCGUCUUAGAUGAACCAAAUUUGAAUAAUACGUUUGGGUCUGAAUCACUUCCUAACUUAGCACCACCACCUGCUGCAUUUGAUUCACCACCCUUAGAUAUCACAGAUAAAGAUUUUAAGAUAUUGCCUCCAGAGAAUUUUCUUAAUAAAGAAGAUAAAGUGAGCUCGAGUUCUACUUCAAGCUUAAGUGAACAAAGCGGAUGGGUCUCAAGCGGAAGAAGUUCGGUUCCAUCAUCUCCGGAUAAUGGUAGUAGUGUAAACCAGAACGUUGCACCGCCUAGAAACCGAGUAAAUCCAAAAGAAAGUAAUAAAAUUUAUGAAACUCCCACUGAGGCCAGAAAACGAGAUAGUGAGAAAUUAAGAGACUUUAAAAGAAGUGUCCUCAAUGGCGAACAACUAAGAGAAAGAUUAAUGAAAUUAGCAGUAAAAGUUGAAGAUAAUGAUCCAGAGGGUAAAAUAGAGUGCUGUGAUAAAGAAGUAUGUGAGGAGUGUACAAUUUGUAGUGAUUCAAUAUGCACCGAUAGUCAGUGUGAAUAUAAUAAGGUAAUGCAAAGUAAUGGAAUUGAUACAGGCUGUACAUCUGAUACCUGUCCUGCCGCUUGCAAGCAGUGUUCAGAAGUAAGCCUUAAAGUUAAUCAACGACAUAAUUCAUUCAGUGCGAUUCAAGGUAAAUCAUAUGCAUCCACUUCAAAAUCAAGUGAAGGGGCUGUGAAAAAAUCUCAAACAAUUGCAGAUAAUUUACACCCUUAUAACAGAAAGGAGCUUCCUCCAAAGCCUGAACCACAACCAAAAACAUCAAAUACAUUAGAUAAAAAGUUGAGAGACAGGAUACAAUAUACAGAGAAACUAAUUGCAGCUGAAAUCCGAAGUUUGACCGUUGGCCGACCCUGUAAGAAACAUAAAGGUGGUCCAAUUGCAGCAGUCCAAAAGUACCAGGGUAAAGCAAAAUCGGAACUAAAUUUAAGCCACUUUGAAGGAGACAAUGAUUAUGAGCAUUUGCCACCCCCUCAGCAGUUUAGAGAUGCCCCGCCUCCUCCGGACCAAUUUAAGGAUCCUCCGUCAAAAUCGCCAAUGCUCAGCCGUCAAAGCAGUAAGUCGUCCACACCAUCCAAAUCCAAAAAAAUGGAACAGCCACCAAGUCUCCAAUUAGAUAACCCACUAUAUCAUGUUUGUGAAGGCAUAAUAGAGAGGAGAAAGUUACGGCCUCAAAAAUCUUCAAACGUGUCAGCCUCUUCAGCCACAAGCACUCUUAAUAAAAGUCAAAGUACGGGAGAACUUGCUUCGAGAAAUGAAAAUAAUAAAGAGCGUGAAAGCAAUUUAGUGAGUAUAUUCGGCCUCGCGGAAUCGGAAAGACUGUUUGUAAAAUGUAGAGAUGAAUUUAGGCAAAGUGUGAAAUAUCCUGGUGCAAUAUAUUCUGACUUCCCACCGGUCGAGAAUUCCUUGCCAUACUUUCAUAUCAGCGAUGAGUACAGAAUGUUUAACCCAGAAGGUCUUCACAUCAUUGUUUGUGUCCAUGGGUUGGAUGGAAAUGCUGCGGAUCUGCGUUUAGUCAAAACCUACCUAGAGUUAGGUCUGCCAGGAGCCCGAUUGGACUUUCUUAUGUCGGAGCGAAAUCAAGGAGAUACAUUUUCCGAUUUUGAUACAAUGACGGAUAGACUAGUUCAAGAAAUACUUACCCACGUACAGCACGCCGGUGAACCAGCGCGAAUGAGUUUCGUGGGACAUUCCUUAGGCACAAUUAUAAUUCGGUCUGCUCUGGCUAGACCACAAAUGAAACCUUUCCUUGGACGUUUACAUACAUUCCUCUCUCUAAGUGGUCCACACUUGGGCACAUUGUAUAACUCCAGUGGACUUGUUAAUGCAGGUAUGUGGUUUAUGCAAAAGUGGAAGAAGUCUGGCUCGCUUCUUCAACUGUCUCUGCGGGAUGCAUCGGACCCUCGGCGGUCAUUUCUAUAUCGGCUGAGUGAAAGGAGUCAGUUACAUCAUUUCAAGCAUAUCCUGCUGUGUGGAUCUGGACAGGACCGUUACGUACCUUUGCACUCCGCGAGGCUUGAGCUUUGCAAAGCGGCUGCUAAGGACACUUCGUUACUGGGACAAGCUUACAGGGAAAUGGUCCACAACAUGGUAUCACCACUUGCAGCUCGUGCGUCUUCAGUAGCCGUGGUACGGUAUGACGUUCAGCACGCAUUGCCCCACACGGCAAGCGCUUUGGUUGGCAGAGCUGCUCACAUCGCCGCUCUCGAUUCCGACUUAUUUAUAGAAAAGUUCCUUCUAGUCUCAGCCCUUAAAUAUUUCAGAUAA